AUGACUUCGGAAGUCCAUCUUGUCCGUCACGCGGAAUCUACCCACAAUGUUUCCAAAGACUUCUCCCAACUUGACCCUGGCCUAACACCUCUUGGCUUUGAACAAGCCUCACGGCUCACCCAAACGUUUCCUCAUGCUCCACAGGUGGGCAUAAUCCUCACUUCUCCACUGCGGCGUGCCAUCCAAACCACGCUCACUGCUUUCCCACACGUCCUCGAUAAACGCUAUUUCGACCUAGACUCUGGCCAUGGUAUCGAAAAUGGUGCGACCCUUAUCUUGGAUCCAGAUUUGCAGGAACGAAGUGCGCUUCCCUGUGAUACUGGAUCCACAUGUCCGGCCCUAGUGAAGGCUUUUCCGGGACUAGGCGUCAAAGAUUUACCGGAAGGCUGGCAAUUGAAGGAGGGAAUUUAUGCCCCUGAAGAUGAGGCAGUAAAGGAGCGGGCGAAGAGAGUGAGAUCUCGUGUCGCAGAAAUAUCCGAUCAAUUGAACAAUGAACCUAGGAAACAUAUCGUGGUUGUAACACAUGGUGUUUUCAUGAAGUUUAUGUCUGGAGACGCAGAUAUCGAUCUAGAAAAGGCGGGUUGGAAGAGCUACAUGCUUGGGAAACACAGCUCAGGCAUUGUUCUGAGUGAAAAGUAG